AUGGCGGGAGAAGGCGUUUCUACCUUUUUUGCUGUCGUUUUGGCGUCCAUAAAGGCUCUGUGGGCAUUACGAACAGAUAAUGGGGGAUUGGUGAGAACGUUUUAGUGAGCUGUGUGGAAGGCACAUAUUUAUAUUGCAUUUGGCCUCUUUGGAACAAUUAAUUCCAGAUUUUAGGUAAUAAAAUCAAAGUUGAAAUCUUGGUUGUAUCCAAUCUCUGAUUGGUCCGGGAUUGAUUCUUGAGUCUAUAUGCUUUCUUUUCUGACAUGUUUUCUUUAAUUCGAAUAUAAUUUUACUUUAUUACCUAAAAUAAUCUGUAAAUUCGCGUUAACCGCUUAUUUUGUUUUUCUUGUGUUCCAAAUGCCAUUCCUUAUUCAUUUCUUUGUUUUAGGUGAACUCUUGGGGAAUGCAGGCAGAAGUGAAAACAGGGCCUUCGGUUCAGCUGGCCUCCAUGGCCCAGAAUAUGUACAGGGUGGGCGGUAAGUGGAUCAUUUUCUUUUUGAAAUUCUGUUUUUAGAUUACGUGUACAUUGAUCUUCACGCCAACCAACCAUACGCGAUUAGAAGGAUAGAAGAAUUAAAUAAGGUGAGCCUUUCACAUUAUAGUAGGCUAGAACGAGAAGUUUAAGGUAAUCUUAAGAGUUCAUUUCUUUUGUUAGGUGUAUUUGUGGCUCCGUUUUAUGAAUUGCGUGAAUUUUCAGACCGCUACUGGCACAGUUGAAGCCAAAGUUGUUGCUUUUUAUCGCCGGAGAGAUCUCCCAGCUCAGUUGUUGAAAAUAGCCGAUCGAGCCGAACGUCAGAAUGAAAUCCGUAAGUGAAGAUUUAUUUUUCUUCUUGUUUCAGCAACCAUUUUUUUGUUCUUUCAGAAUUUCGACCUCGACGGAGUUUGUUAUCUAAAAAAUCAAAAGCAAAUGGAGAUGAGCCAACCGAAAAUCAAAGCAAUGGCAGUUCGUCUCAGCCGGAAAUAAAGGAAGAAGGUAAGAUUUUUGAUUUGUUUCGGGCAAGCAACCAACGCUGUUACUUAAAAUAUAUUGAUUUAGGUAAGGAAGCGUCUAAAGACGAUAAGGAAGAGAGCCAGGGACUUGCCGGUCUUCCUCAAGGUGCAGAUGAGCUCACGCCCGAGCAAAUCCACCAGCUCAGACAACACGAGCUCUUCCUUUCGCGUCAGCAUGACACUCUCCAAGCCACGAUGAUCAGAGGAAAAUGCACUGUGGUGAUGUUAAAUGAGGUUGAAACUUGCGAUUCAUACCUAAACAGAGAAGACGCGUUCUUCUACUCGUUGGUCUACGACGCUUCAAAUCAAACAUUGUUGGCAGAUAAGGGGAAGAUUGAUGUGGGAGAAAGGCAUCAAGCAGAUAUCCCGGACAUCCUCCCUCAAGAAGUAAUAGAUCGGGAAAGAGGUCUAAAAACAGAGGAAAAAGAGGAAGAAGUCAAGGAGAAUGGAGAUCUGACGAUCGAUGAGGCCGAAGAAGAGAAGCCGGAUAGACAACAAGGAAGAAAAAGAAGGCACAGUCAGGCGUCGAAUGGUGUUUAUGAGACGAGAUAUGAGCAAGUGGUAUAUCAUCCUUAUCAUAAUCUGGGCGGAAGAGAUAUCGACCAAUUUCUGAUCAUUGCCAGGUAAGGAUUUUUUUUAUUUUUUUGCAAUUUAGGUAUCAAUUUUGAUCAGUGUUUAAGAGGUGAAAAAAGAUGUUGUGCGUAAUAUCGUUGUGGUUUUUUAGAGCCGUCGGAACCUUCUCUCGAGCCCUGGACACCUCCAGCACCAUGAAGUUGCCAUCUCUUCACAUGACAGCCGCCGCCGCUUCUCGUGACGUCACUUUAUUCCACGCGAUGGCCAUUCUUCACCAAGCCAAGUAUGAUAUUGGCCAAGCUGUUCGAUAUUUGGUACCUCCACCCAGCAAACAACAUUAUCCGUUGUUGGCGGACGAAGCGACAGGUCAUAAUACAGUGUCCUUGGGAGGCCCGAUCUUGUGCAGAGAUCAGCUGGAGGAAUGGUCCGCAUCUGAGGCGACGCUGUUCGAAGAAGCCAUCGAGAAGUGCGGAAAGGACUUUCACGACAUCAGAAACGAUUGUCUUCCAUGGAAGUCGUUGAAGGACAUUGUCGAAUAUUACUACAUGUGGAAGACCACCGCCAGAUAUGCGGAUCAUCAGAGAGCCAAAACCGCCGAGCAGGAGUCCAAAUUGAAGCAGGUUUACAUCCCAAGUUACUUCAAGCCACACGCCAAUCUUCUGAACGAAACGUCGGUGGCCAAGUACAUCAAUCCUUGUGAGAGCUGCAAGAAUGAAAAUGCCUCUCAAUGGUACUCUUGGGGCCCACAAUCAGCCCAGUUGAAGAUCUGCAACGAUUGCUGGCAGACCUGGAAGAAGCAUGGAGGCUUGAAAAGACCUCAUGAAUACGAAACAUAUGAUUUGGAUGGGUCUGGAGAUCGAAAAGGACUCACCAGAAGUGGGACCAGGAACAAUGGGAUCCCGGCCAAGGUCAGCCAACAUGUAUUCCAGACAGCCAAGGGACGAGGGGCCUUCUAUUUGAAUACGAAUAUCCAUGCGAGAGUUGCAAGACGGUAAGAGGUUGUUUUGAUGGAAAAUUGGAACUUUUCUUUGGACUUGAUGUCAUGGAUAAUAUAAAUUUUGUUUCAGAAUGGCUCCGAAGGAAAUCUAUAAUGUUAGAAAAUCAGCCCGAUCUCCUCAACUACCGAUUGAUUUCAAAGCCGCGGCGACUUAUUGUGAGUUUAGUUCCGGUGUUGUAAUUGUAAUCUCAAUUAUUUCCAGAUUAUUCCCGCGAAUUACCGGAAGUCCUCAAGGCCGCCCGACAGAUCAAACCGACUCAACGCCUCGCCCAGCAAGCCGUUGACAUCAUAACAACACUACAUGCAAAAUAUGGAACUCAUUAG